AUGGCAGCACAGCUCAGAAAUCCCAAAGCCACAGUGCAGCGCACCAACAAGAAAGUGAACAAUGACUCGACACUGCGCAUUCAGAAUCUUUCUAUUCUCAUCAGGCAGAUUAAAUCCUACUAUCAGGAGUGUCUCCAACAGCUAGUGAUGAUGCCUUUACCAGAUGUGCUGAUACUGGGCCGGAACCCCCUCUCUGCACAAGGUCUGGAAGAGAUGAAGAAACUGUUGCUGUUGCUACUAGGCUGUGCUGUCCAGUGUGAGAAAAAGGAAGAGUACAUUGAGCGUAUCCAGACUCUGGACUUUGACACCAAAGCUGCCAUAGCAUCACAUAUCCAAGAGGUGACUCAUAACCAAGAAAAUGUAGUGGACCUGCAGUGGUUGGAAAGUGGGGAAAUACCUCCAGAGGAUCUGGACAGCCUCUCCAGAAACCUGGCUUUCCACCUCAAGCGCCUGGUGGAUGAAAGGGACACACAGCUUGAGACUAUAGUAGAGCUUACCCAGGAGAGAGACUGUGUGCAGCUCUCUCCACUGGCUCCCUGUUCAACCCAGUCGCCCGGUGACUCUCCCAGUAUGAGGAGGACUGAGAGCCGACAGCACCUCUCUGUGGAGUUGGCUGAUGCCAAGGCCAAGAUAAGACGCCUUCGGCAGGAACUAGAGGAGAAGAGUGAGCAGCUGUUGGACACCAGGCAGGAGCUUGAGAACAUGGAGGUCGAGCUCAAGAGACUUCAGCAAGAGAGCUUUCAGCUGCUCUCAGAUGCUCGGUCGGCUCGGGCCUAUCGUGACGAGCUGGAUUCGCUCCGAGAGAAAGCGAUACGUGUGGACAAGCUGGAGAGCGAGCUGAGCCGAUACAAGGAGAGACUUCAUGACAUCGAGUUUUACAAGGCCAGAGUUGAGGAGCUGAAGGAGGACAACCAGAUUCUGCUGGAGACUAAGACGAUGCUGGAGGAGCAGCUGGAUGCUAGCAGGACCCGGUCCGACAAAUUACAUCUCCUGGAGAAGGAGAAUCUACAGAUCAAAUCAAAGAUCCACGACCUGGAGAUGGAGCGGGACAUGGACCGUAAGCGAAUGGAGGAGCUGUUAGAGGAGAACCUUGUGCUCGAGAUGGCCCAGAAACAGAGCAUGGAUGAAUCCCUGCACCUUGGAUGGGAGCUGGAACAAUUAUCAAAGACACCAGAGCUAACAGAAGCCCCUCAGAAGUCUCUGGGGGAGGAGGUGAAUGAGCUAACGUCAAGCCGUCUGCUAAAGCUGGAGAAAGACAACCAGACCCUGCUGAAGACGGUUGAGGAACUCAGAGCAGCGGCCAGUCAGGACACUGUGACAAAACUGGUCAAAGCUAACCAGGAAAACCAGAAGCUGAGCAAGAAAUUGGAGUCGUUGGAGAGCGAACUGACAGCAGACAGAGAGUCGCUCCGCAGUGCCGAAUCUCUCAGUACUGACCUGAUGAAGGAGAAGGCUUUGCUGGAGAAGACUCUGGAAACCCUCAGAGAAAACUCAGAGAGACAGAUGAAGGGUCUCGAACAGGAGAACAAGCACCUGAGCCAAACCGUGUCGUCUCUGCGUCACCGCUGCCAGGUGGGUGCCGAGGCCCGGGUCAAGGAUGUGGAAAAAGAGAACCGCGUUCUCCACGAGUCGAUCUGUGAGACAACUGCCAAACUAAAUAAGAUGGAGUUUGAAAGGAAACAGCUGCGCAAAGAGCUUGAAGUUGUGAAGGAGAAAGGAGAGAGAGCAGAAGAGCUGGAAAUUCAGAUACAGAAGUUGGAAAGGGAAAACGAGAGCCUGCAGAAGAAAGUUGCCAGUCUUGGAAUCACCUGUGAAAAGGUGGCUUCUUUGGAGAAGGAGAAUAGUGAGCUGGAGGUAGAAGGCCGCCGCCUGAAGAAGAAGCUGGACACCCUGAAAAACAUGGCCUUCCAGCUGGAGGCUUUGGAAAAAGAAAACACUCAACUGGAGCAGGAGAACCUGGAGCUUCGACGCUCAGCUGAAAGUCUCCGCUCAGCGGGGGCUAAGGCUGCUCAGCUGGAGGCCGAGAACAGGGAGCUGGAGAGCGAGAAGAGUCAACUGAAACGCAGUCUGGAGCUGCUCAAAGCCUCGUCUAAGAAGACUGAGAGAUUAGAGGUGAGCUACCAGGGCCUAGAUACUGAGAACCAGCGCCUGCAGAAGGCUUUAGAGAACAGCAGCAAGAAGAUCCAGCAGUUGGAGGCAGAGCUGCAAAACAAGGCUCUGGAGUUGGAAAGCUCCCAGCUAGAGAAAGACAAGAAGCUCCUGGAAAAGGAGAACAAGCGACUGAGGCAGCAGGCUGAGAUCCGCGACUCAAAGCUGGAUGAUAGCAACCAGCGCAUCGCUACCCUGGAGAAGGAAAAUCGGACAAUGGGCAAGGAGAUGAUCUUUUUCAGGGACUCCUGUACGAGAGUCAAGGACCUGGAAAGGGAGAAAAAGGAGCUGGUCAAACUGGCCACGAUCGAUAAGAAGACCCUUGUCACGCUCAGAGAGGAGCUUGUGAGUGAGAAACUGCGGACUCAGCAGAUGACCAAUGAUCUUGAGAAACUGACCCAUGAGUUGGAAAAGAUUGGACUGAACAAAGAGAGGCUCCUGCAUGACGAGAGCUCAGACGACAGGUUUAAGCUCCUGGAAACUAAACUGGAGUCGACCCUGAAAUCAACUCUGGAGAUCAAAGAGGAGAAAAUUGCUGCACUUGAGGCAAGACUGCAGGAGUCCUCCAACCUUAACCAGCAGCUUCGCCAGGAGCUGAAAACGGCCCUGAGGAGCCAACUCAAACAACUGGAAACCCAAAACUCCAACCUGCAGGCUCAGAUAGUGGCUGUGCAGAGGCAGACGGCCUCUUUACAGGAGAACAAUACAACGCUACAGACGCAGAAUGCCAAACUACAGGUGGAAAACUCAACUCUGAGCUCACAGAGCGCAUCCCUGAUGGCCCAGAACGCCCAGCUGCAGAGCCAGCAGAGCAGUGUGGAAGGAGAGCGUGAAGGAGCGCUGAGGGAGAAAGAGGAGCUGAGAGCUACCUACGAACUGCUGCUGCGCGAUCACGAGAAGCUGGCAGCGCUCCACGAGAGGCAGGCAGCUGAAUAUGAAGCGCUGAUCGGGAAGCACGGUGGGCUGAAGACCUCCCACAAGAGCCUGGAACAGCAGCACAGGGACUUGGAGGACAAGUACAAACAGCUCUUGCAGAGAAAGGGGGAGCUGGAGGAGCUGGAGAAAAAUCUGAAGGAGCAGCAGGAAAAGAUGGCCCUGGAGAAUCAGACCCACCAAGCUACAGCUGACCAGUACAAACUGCUCAAAGAGGAAAAUGAUAGGUUGAAUAGCACCUAUCGUCAGCUCUUGAAGGACAAUGAAAAUCUCCAGCUGGACCAUAAAAACCUAAAGAGCCAGUUGAACAGUGCAAAGCUGGACCAAACCAAGCUGGAGGCUGAGUUUUCUAAACUGAAGGAGCAGUACCAGCAGCUGGACAUCACCUCCACCAAGCUAACCAACCAGUGUGAGUUGUUGAGCCAGCUGAAGGGAAACUUGGAGGAAGAGAACCGUCAUCUGUUGGAUCAAAUCCAGACUUUGAUGUUACAAAAUCGCACACUGCUGGAGCAGACCAUGGAGAGCAAGGACCUGUUCCACGUAGAGCAAAGACAAUACAUAGAUAAGCUGAAUGAGCUGAGGAGGCAGAAGGAGAAGUUGGAGGAGAAGAUCAUGGACCAGUACAAGUUCUAUGACCCUUCACCUCCACGCAGGAGAGGGCAGCAGUCUCAUGCCCAAGCGCAGGGUUCCUCCAAUGCUAUAAAAAGGUUGCCUUUCAUGAGGAACAGAUCCAAGGACAAAGACAAGGCCAAGGCCAUCUACCGGCGCUCCAUGUCUAUGAACGACCUGCUUCAGACCAUGGCAAUGGCAGGCGGUCCUGAGGCUCAGUGGGCGGGCAGCAGUGAGAAUCUAGACGGGGCUGAAGCCGGAGAUGCCAACAUGACGGGCAGCAGCAGGCGCAGCGGGCAGCGCAUGAAGGAACUCGCCUUUUCCACCAAUGCCAUUGAUUGUGCCACCCUCACCCUGCCUAGUUCAAGUCACAGUAGAGCCAAGCACAGGCUUCAGGUCAAAGACAAUGCCUCCUGCGAGGAUGUCGCCGGCUCAUUGGAUGAUCCCAAGAGUCAAGGGCCACAGGGGUAUGUGUCUCCCUGCCAUUUGCGUUGUUGUGCUGUUGGUCUGAGCGCUGUGUGCAGAGUGUCCUGUAACAUCUGUACCUCCAGACCCUCCAGUCUUCAUAGCAACAGGACCAUCAGUAGUAAUAGUAACAAUAACUCCCAUCUCACUUCUCCUCUGGAGGGCAAAGGCACAUUGAACGGCAGUCUGAGCAGGCCUCACAGCGAGAGCAGCGGCGAGUUCAGCCUCAGUCUGGACCAGGAGGUGUGGUCCAGCAGCGGCAGCAGCCCUGUCCAGCAGCCCACCUCCUCACGCUCCUCCCACCAGAGCCCCCUGCAGCUGCGCAGAUCUCUUGACCCAUCCGCCGCCGCGGGCAGCGCGGUCCAGUCCCAGAUCAGGAAGACGGGAUCCCCAGGGAACGAGGUGCUUUCCCUGCAGCAGUUCCUGGAUGAGGGUAUUGAUCCUGCAGAGUCUGGCAGUCAGGAGAACCUCACUGUAGACUCUCCUCGCCUCUCCACCUCCUCUGAGCACGGCCAGAAAGAACGCACUGUCACAAAGGGCCGGGGCAUACUGCGCUCGUCCAGCGGGAAGGCAGCACCAGUCAGCGCUGACCGGCCUCCGAGGUCUUCCGGACAACCAGGACGCCCUUCCCUGCGCAAGGCCGAGAGCACACGGGUGAAAGGCUCCGCCCCGAUCCGCGCCAGCCUGUCUUCACAGGGCAAAGCGACCUCUGUCUCCGAACGGCUCGAUUCAGCCUCCUCCACCCUGCCCCGGGCCAGCAGUGUCAUCUCCACCGCUGAAGGUACCACACGGCGUACCAGCAUCCACGACCUGCUGUCCAAGGACAACCGGCAGCCCGUUUCGGUUGACGCUCCUGCCGCUGCUGCUUCCACCAGGGCUGGGCUACGCUCGCAGCCCACACCCAGUGAGUACCACCCCAACAGCACCAACCUUAAGGGACCCCUCACCACCAUCACCCCCAUGCCCAAGUCAGUCAGCUUACCUUGCCAUAGCUCGGAGGACCCCGACCUCUCCACCCUUGAGUCUUUCCUCGGCCCUUCCUUCACUGUAGAAUCUGUAUUCAUGGACUCCAUCUUUAGUGAGUCAGCAGACAAAAACCUCCCCUUCCUUUCUCUUAACCCCACCUUAGUCAGCAACAUCAGCGGGCCUCCUGUUACAAAUAAGACCCACCCUCCUCCUGUGCCGCACCACAUUCACACCCAAAACCAGACCCCCCACAGCCAAUCAAAUGGCCAGGUGAGAUCCAGCGAGGGUGUUGAUCAGAGUUGUGUAAAUAAUCCGGAUCAGUCACUGAGCCCAGAGGAGAGGGAGUCUCUGUGGUAUGAGUACGGCUGUAUCUAAAUGACGGGGAGGUUUCUGGUUUGCUGAUUUUAAUACUUGACUUGAAGAGGGAGGAACAAAAGGAUGGAUAAAGAGCAAAGCCAUUUCCUCUGCAUGUAUUCGUCAGAGUACUGUCUGUCUCUGUGUGGUGUAUGUGGGUCAUUUUUCCCUGUUUACUAUGGUGCUGAUUGGUGACGUUACUUUAAUUUUUUAUAUUUUUUUUAACCCCCAUUUUCUUUUCUAUGAUGCGGGACUUUGACUGUUCUUCCGUCCAAUACCCUUUCACACAUUAUUUUUACCUCAUCAGAUAAGUUUUACCUGGCUAACAUUAUACUAUUAUCUGCUGCAGUGAGGUGAUACAUUUUAACUCGGGAAUGAGAAGAAAUAGAGAAUUAUCUAAAGCUUUCAUGUGAGGCCAAAACACACCGAGCAAGUCGGUUUAAGUCACACCAGGAAUCAUAAAAACAGCAGGAAAAGCUUUUUUUUUAUAAUGAGCAUAAUGAG